UCGGGUGUGACGUCACUUCCGGGCGCGCGGUGGGAGGGAGGGCGCGCGAGGCCGACUGGGAGCGGAAGUGAAGGGAAUAGCGGGAAAAUGGCGGCGCCCUCACAGCAGCCGCCGGGACCGCAAGCCGCGCCUGCGCCGCCGCCGCUGUCCGCCGCUCCCGGACCUGGACAAGGAGCGGGACCGGGACCGCCGCUUCCGGCGCAGGUGGCGGCCGCGCAGGCGCAGGACUUCGACCCGGUGCAGCGAUUCCGGUUGCUCAUCCCGCAACUGAAGGAAAGCCUGCAGACGCUGAUGAAGGUGGCGGCGCAGAACCUGGUGCAGAACUCCAACAUCGACAACGGGCAAAAGAGCGCCGACGGAGCCUUGCAACGCUUUGACAAGAGCCUGGAGGAGUUCUACGCGCUGUGCGAUCAGCUCGAGCUCUGCCUUACCCGUGUCCCCUCUGGUGACACCCCCUCCCCAGCGCCUGGCGCACGAGUGCCUCUCACAGAGCUUCGACAGUGCAAAGCACGCACCUGCGUUGGUGCCAGCAGCUCCCAAAGGCGAAGGGGCUGCCGGCGAGAGCCUCCCCUACACCCAAUACCUGCCCCUCAUCAAGGCACAGAUUGCAGGCGCCAAGGACAUCCACAACGCCCUGCUGGAGGGUGCCAACAAGAUCACCGGCAAGCUGCCCCCCACGGGGGGGCCCUGAUGAGGUCGUGGGGGUAGGAAGCGGGCAGCCACUGUGACAAUAAAGGCACCCACGUGCAUGGCAGCAUC